AUGGAAGGUAGUAUUAUACAGUUAAAAAUAUCCUGCAACAAUGCCGAUUCCGAAUUAUACUGUAUUGCAUUUCGAGUUGCUGGCGUACAUGUAAAUGCUAAUUUGUCCCAUCGAUUGAAUAAUAUACGAUGGAAUCGAGUUGAAUUAAUUAUAUGUGUCUUACUUACAACAUUGCUUGGCGUAACAUUAUUCGGUGGAAUUGCAUUAUGGAAAAUAUGCUGGAGGAGUGAAAAAAGCAAACUUAUCUCAACUAUGCAAAUGCAAUUUCUUUAUCAUAUGAAACAACAACAGAUACAUAUGCAAGAGCAAAUAGCAUCAAUAAAAGCAAGCAUUGAAAGACAUCCAACGUUUGAAAAUGAAACUGACCAAUGUCCAACAAAUGUUGGAAUGCAAAAGAGGAAACUUUACUUCAGCGCCGAUUUCUUUGAACCUGAAUUAAUGGCUAAUCCACCGGUGUUAGCCAUGCAAUUUGUAUACGAACUACGGAAGAUGAUUGAUAUAGCUAAGGAUCGCAUUAGAAUGAAACGACAUGUCCCAACUCUAACAACCAUCUCAGAAGAUAGCGAAAGCGAUGAACAUCUGGAAAUACCGCGACCGCCAAGUCGAAUGAAUGAGCGUGUUGAUGAGCUUUCCCCAAAAUCCCUAAAUUCAGUGGAUUCUGGAUGUGAUUCGAUGAGUGACGAGGAUGUUCAGAAUCAACAAAUAUUAUCACAAGAUCAGGAAGAAGAAUUGGAGCAAAUGCAGAAAACGGAUAAAAGUGAAAAGUGGUAUGAGGUUGAAUUGGAAGGAAAAAAGAAAGAAAAUGAAGAUAUGCAACCGGAUCCUUGUCUUCAAAAAGUCCGGCAAUGUACAAUAAUACCAGAUAAAAUCCCUGUAGUUGGCAAUUUGAUACCACGAUCAGUUACCAAAAUUGUACAAAUUUCCAGAAUACCUACAACAUCUUCAUCACGCAUAACCUUGGUGACGACAUCACAGCAACUUAAUCCAAAAUCUUUUUUAUCUUCUGAUACAUCCAAAACAAUUUAUGAUCGCCAAAAUGGUGCGAAUGCAUUGGUGGAAAAUGCCAUCUCAUCUGCAGUAUCCAAAUUACCAAAUUCAGUAUCCAUAAAACGCGAACCACCAAAUCUAAAGUAUAUACUGAAUAAUGUACCACCACCCUUACCGGAAACUACUCCACCAAGUGCACCACCACCAUGUCGUAAUCGAUUAUACAGCGGACGGCGGAAAGCUUAUGCUGUUUUUCCAAAUAGUGAUUUGAUGCUUAAAAAAUCAUUGCCACGGCGAUCGAAACGACAGAACCGAUUUGGAGCUGCUACUGCAGUUGCCACGCAAACAACAUUAUCAUUAUCACUACCAUCACCAUCAUCAGUGUUACAAUCAUCACCACAAUCAUCAUCAUCAUCAUCAUCAUUGUCAUCAUCUCCAUCAUCAUCAUCAUCAACAUCAUCAUCAUCAUUAUCAUGUGUAUCAUCCGUUACGUAA